AUGGAUAUCAACAAGGAAGGUAAACCAACUGACGUCCACAAUAAGAAGAAAAUCAUUACACUUGGAGUCACUUCUACCAUUCACAUGCAACCAGUCCCUAAUACCCUGCUUCUGGCAAGCGCUAUUGUUCCACCUGAAGAACAUAUUUUGAAUUCCACAUCCUUAUUCCAUCAGCACACUGAGGGGAAUUUGGAACUUAAAAGGUUAUUCCCUUUGUCCUUGGUCAAGAUCUCAGUUCACAGCUUGGAAAAGAAGCAGCUGAGACUUAAACUAGUCACAGGCCGCACGUACUACCUUCAGCUGUACCCUCCACCACAUCAGCAACUAGACCUUUUCAGCGGCUGGAUCAAGCUUGUGCAAAUACUACGACCAUCUUCAGAAAUAAAUUCCAAACAGCAGAAGUUGGAGAACAAAAAAUUGAAGAAUCCUGGUGCACCUCCAGUUCCACCUCUGAAACCUAAAGGCCCACCUCCUCAGAGAGAAACUCAAUAUGCACCUGAAAAAAAGACAAAGAAAAAGAAUAAAAAGAAUCCCACUGCUCGAGCAAAGGAAACAAAAAAAGAAAAUGAUCCAACUGCUUUAUUUUCUAAGAGCUCCCCUACUCCUGCAAUCAAACCAACACAUCUCAAAAUAGAGAAUGUUCAUGAAGCCUUCUGUCAUACAACCCCAGAGGAGCAGAACAUCGCAAAAAAGUUAAAAGGGGAGAAAAUAAAGAAUCCUGGUCCUGCUGAUGAAAAGGAUAACUUGCAUAUUAACAG